CAGCGCCGUUCAGUCCGCUGUGGGGCAGCGGGGCUGCGAACUUCCACACCGAGCCGUCUUUCUGGAAAUAACGAGCGGCAACACCGAGACAACCGCCCGUCUGGCCGCGUGUGGAGAACCGUUAUUAGCCGUAGUCAUACUCGUCGGCGGGUUUCGCUGUCUGUCCGCAGGCUUUGUGUCCGGAGCUCGAGCGAGGCGGCGCGGAGCCUGCAGCCGGAGAAGAGGCGCUGCUGGCCGGACUCAGGGCUGGAUGCGCCCGGCCUGCUCCUCCCCAGCGGCCCGCCAUGGGGGAGACCAAAAUCAUCUACCACCUCGACGACCAGGAGACACCUUACCUGGUCAAACUCCCCAUCCCGGCCGAGAGGGUCACCCUGGCCGACUUCAAACAGGUCCUCAAUAAGCCUAAUUACAAAUUUUUCUUCAAAUCGAUGGACGAUGAUUUCGGGGUUGUUAAGGAAGAGAUAUCAGAUGACAACGCCAAAUUACCAUGUUUCAACGGUCGUGUAGUGUCAUGGCUGGUGUCGGCAGAUGGCUCCCAUGGUUCAGAUGGAGGUUCAGGUUGUGGUGCUGAAAGCCAGGCAGAGCUGCCUCCUCCAUUAGAGCGGACGGGGGGCAUCGGGGACUCUAGACCGCCUUCGUUCCAUGCCAAUGCAGCGGGCAGUCAGGACAAUCUGGACAAUGACACGGAGCCGGAGGUUGGGCCAUCAGCGCGGAGAGACAGAGACAGAGAGAGGGAGAGGGACAGAGAAAGAGAAAGAGAGAGACCCCGCAGGAAAGACACCCAUGACCAUGGUGGCAGGCUGAAUGGUCACUCUCGGCCAGAGCGAAGGCCUGAGAUUGCAGGCUAUGAGAGCUCCUCGACGUUAAUGAGCAGCGAACUGGACACCACGAGCUUCUUCGACUCAGAGGAGGACGACUCCGCCAGCCGCUUCAGCAGCUCCACGGAGCAGAGCACGUCGUCCAGGCUCAUGAGACGCCAUCGCCGUCGCCGACGGAAACCCAAAGCGCCGCGGAUGGAGAGGUCGUCCUCGUUCAGCAGUAUAACUGACUCCACCAUGUCUCUGAACAUCAUCACUGUCACAUUAAACAUGGAGAAGUAUAACUUUCUGGGCAUCAGUAUUGUGGGUCAGAGUAACGAGAGAGGGGACGGAGGGAUCUACAUCGGCUCCAUCAUGAAGGGCGGAGCGGUGGCGGCCGAUGGGCGCAUAGAACCAGGGGACAUGCUGCUCCAGGUGAAUGACAUUAACUUUGAGAACAUGAGCAAUGACGACGCUGUGAGAGUGCUGAGAGAAAUAGUGCACAAGCCAGGCCCUAUCACGCUGACCGUGGCCAAGUGCUGGGACCCGAACCCCCGCGGAUGCUUCACCCUGCCCCGCAGUGAGCCGAUCCGUCCGAUAGACCCUGCUGCGUGGGUGUCUCACACCGCUGCGAUGACGGGGGCGUACCCUGUGUACGGUAUGAGCCCUUCCAUGAGCACCAUCACCUCCACCAGUUCUUCCAUCACCAGCUCCAUUCCAGAGACCGAACGGUUCGAGGAGUUUCAUCUGUCCAUCCACAGCGACAUGGCAACCAUUGCCAAAGCAAUGGCGUCACCGGAGUCAGGGCUGGAGGUGCGGGACAGGAUGUGGCUGAAGAUCACCAUCCCAAACGCCUUUAUAGGUUCAGACGUGGUGGACUGGCUCUUUCACCAUGUGGAAGGUUUUACUGACCGACGAGAAGCACGCAAGUACGCAAGCAACUUACUGAAGGCUGGCUACAUCCGCCAUACUGUCAACAAAAUCACGUUCUCCGAGCAGUGCUACUAUAUCUUUGGAGAUCUCUGUGGCAACAUGGCUAAUCUCACCCUGCAUGACCAUGAUGGUUCUAGUGGGACAUCUGACCAGGACACUUUGGCCCCCCUGCCUCACCCUGGUGCGGCCCCGUGGCCCCUCGCCUUUCCCUACCAGUACCCCAUCCCUCACCCCUACAAUCCUCACCCACUGCACGAGCCCACUUAUAGCUACACGGCUGGCGGAGGCAGUGCUGGCAGCCCACACAGUGAAGGUAGUCGCAGCAGUGGUUCAAACCGCAGUGGCACUAAAGCAGGCGCAUUGGAGACGAAGUCUGGCGGUAGUGGGAGUGAAUCGGACAAAAGAGAGAAGGCCCCCAGCGAACGCUCAGCGGCGCCCCCUAGCGAGCACAGCGUCCGCAGUAUACACAGCGUCCGCAGCGUCCAGUCGCACGGCCAAAGCGUGGUUUACGGACCUCCCGGCCUGCCCCCACAGCCUCCCCCCGUAGCAGCUGCGCCUGGAUCUCCUCCGGGCCGGGAUUUAGCCUCAGUGCCCCCAGAACUCACAGCCUCACGCCAGUCCUUCCGCAUGGCCAUGGGAAACCCCAGCGAGUUCUUCGUGGAUGUCAUGUGACGAGCUUCACAUGGAUGCUUAGGGUUGACUUUGACAGCUGAAGAGGAGGAGAGAGGCUUCUGCAGUGAUAUUGACCCGUGUACGUGACGACGAGGGCAGUGUUAAGUGUCCCACACAUUAUCCCUCCCGUGUUCUGUGGCUUGUACUUUCUUCAGUGAAGAAUACUCGGCUAGGUGAAGCACUCGCCCCUUUAGAAGAUCCCUCAGAGGCUGGCUCUGCGGGGAUAGAGGGAUGGGGGUCAGAGCGGGGUGAAAGCUUUUUGUUCCGUGUCCCUUUUUUUUAUGUACUCUUUCCAGCAUUUGCAGCUUUUUUUUUUCUCCCGCUAGUUUUUCUUCACCUUGGUCAAAAAAGCCCUUUUUAUCAAAGACUACUAAAAUCAGAAGAGCAACAAAUAGGACGAGGGAGAAUGAAGGGAGGUGUUCUCUCUCACUGUGACUUGUCUUUUGCUUUCAAAGGAUGAAGUGAAAUCAUUUCAUAAUGAUUUAAAAACGCGAACAAACACUAUCAUGAGAAAACUAUAGACAUCUGUUUUAUAUUUGUCUUUUUUUUUCUUUGUCAGUAGUCAUACGGAGAGUGGGAAAGAGAGGAGGGGCUACAAAUCCUGUCUGGUGACUUCAUUAAAUUUGUAGUGAUUUUUUUAAAUUGAGUUGAAAGAAUAAAAAAUAAGAAAUUUCUUAAUAAAACAAGGGUUCAGACUGGGGCUGCAACUAUUUUCAUAGUCAAUUUCUCGGUCCAUUAUGAUUUUGAUUAAUCUGUUCAUCAGAAUGAGAAUAAAUCCAUUAAAUAAUUAACAUUAGUAGUAUUAUUGUUAUACAGUAUACAGUAUAUAGAUCAUAUUUGCAAAAAAAGGACUUUUACGAAGGAUACAGUAACAAAUCUUCUGCAUUGAUCUUGAAAACAGUAUGAAAGAUUCCAAAACAAUAAAGUAACAAUUAUUUUAGCUUUAUUUAAAAAAAAAACAUUGAUCUUCUAGAUCAUAUUUAUUAAAAAAGGACUUUUAUGAAGGAUACAGCAAAAGCAACAGAUCUUCAGCACUGAUCUUGAAAACAGUAUGAAAGAUGCAAAAAACAGGAAAGGAACAAAUUAUUUUACCUUAAUACUAAAAUUAUCGCCAAAUUAAUUUGUUUAUUUUAGGGACGUGCAGACAGUGACACAUUUUGACUUUGGACUCCAGUAUCAUGCUGAGCUUUUACAUGGAUGCAACUGAGAAAACAAAUCACCCAUACAUUAACAGUCCUACUGUCAUACCAGCUGAGCUCGGUUUGACACAGUUUACAGGAACCCGUUAUCGUUGAUGAUCUUAAGGGGGCACUAUUCACUCACAUCCCUGGAAGACACGUCCUUUGCCAAGUUUUGCCUGAGUUCUCUGGGAAUACUCUUUUAACGCACACAGAAUCAUAAGAUUCAUCCACUCGGGGAAGGGGUCCAAAGAACGACACAUGCAAAAUGCUCUUCCACACGCUGUCUGCAGUUACACAUUAUGACCAGAGAGGUCUCCAAAUCUCCAAAACCUACAUAGUGUAGCUUUAAAGUGGUGUUUCCAUAUUUUGGACUUUUUUAUUUGUCGGUUAUCUGUAUUUUCUUAAAUUAAGUGUAACAUUAGAUUGAAAUUGUAACAUUAAAUGAAAAUUGUGAACAUUGUCAAGUGAAUUAAUCAAUAUCAAGAUUCAAGGUCAGACAUUUUUUUCAUUGAUGUUAUUGAUUUAAUCAUUUGUUGUUGCAGCCCUAGUUAUAGCACUUUCAGUGCUUGGACCCCUAAUUAAAUAAGCUGAUAUGGAAAGCACACAAAUUUAGUACUGUCCUGCACAGUGUCUCUAUUUAAUGAUGACCUUAACAUGAAGUUUAAUUCAAUAGACAAGCGGUCAGGCUCAGGCAGAAGUUUGUGACACCUGAAUGAACAAAUAAGGAAUAACGUCACCCUCGUCUCUCUCUCUCACUCUUCUCAAAGCAAUCCAUCACUUACAUAUCUUCCUCUUCUUUUAUCAAUAACAUUAACAUUCAGUAUUCUUACAGUCUUUCUUUGUAUUUCUGUAAACCUUCCAUUAUUUUUCCAAAAUACAUUUAUCGCAAGUUUGUAAUGAUUAGAAACCGAUACUGUACAGUAUCAAAUGGUUCAAUUUAAUCAUCACUGUACACUGUUUUAUGCCAAAACAAAUUGUUUUUAUUUAUAAACAUAGUUUUAUUGCCUAA